AUGGCAACCCUUACUAAUAUGGAAUCUAAAGGCUCUUUCCGCAUUCAGAAUUACAAAAAAAACGAAAAUGUAUCUAUGAAUGGUUCAAUUUCUACGCAAUCAAAAUUUGACGAGAUCCACGCUAAAAUCGAACAAAAGCUGGAAGGAGAAUAUUCAGGCAUUAUAAAGAUCAAUUUUCCUGCUGGAGAACUUGGCGACCUUAAAGUAUGUGAAGAUAUCCAUAAUGCCUUCAAUGCUGAAAUAAUCGGAGAUAAUCUAUUCAUCAAAUGUGAUGGUGGAGAAAAGGAGAGAAUUCAUACAAGACUCGAAAAUUCGUUCGAAAGCCAAAAUCAAUGGUGGGCAAGUAGCAACACUUUAUGUGUAGUCAGAGGCAACCAGUACAGACCUGAUGUAGGUGUGUGGUUUCGAGCCCCAACUCUUCCACAAAGAAGGAUGCCGAUCGUUUUUUCAUGUCCACCUCCAAAUGUUUGGAUUGAGGUAUUCUAUAACAUUGACAGCGAUCGUAGUUAUGCAUUUAACAAGAUUAAUUUUCUUCAGCAAAAUACGACUGGCAUUGAAUUCGUGGCAAUAGGUCUUUCUUCUGGACUAAACCCUUUUCACCCUAAACCUGAAACUGAAAUGAAGGUUCAUGCAACUAGUCAAGUUACACGACCUGCCAGAGCACCCUAUGUAUGUCAUUGGGAUUUAAAUCUUAAUGAGAUAUGGUACAAAAUGGAUUGGAACCAAUUUAUUACCCUUAGAUGUGGUCUAACGAUAAGCUUUGACAUUGUGCUUCAAGAGUUAUUAGAGUAA